UAUAGAUAUGUCUGCGAUUUAUAAACUCUUGUGUUGUGAGCAAGUUAUGUUACUAUAAGAAAAAUAUAAAAAGAAAAGAUAUAGAUGGAAACUUUGGUCUAUUUAUAUGUGCCAUUAAAACUUAAAACAAAAAAUACAAUAAUAAUAUAUGCUCAUUGCUAUUCCCUUUUUUCAUUUAAAAAUAUAGGUUAUUAUGGGUGAUAAAUCAAAUGUUCGUACGAAAAGCUGGAAAAGAAAAAAAGCUAGCAAACAGUGUAACAACGAACCACAUCAAAACCAAACAAAUCAUAGUCCUGAUAAGCUCUGCAUUGAUAGAGAUAAAGAUGUUCCGUAUUAUGGUUGGAACUUGUUUUUCUCUGACAAAGAGUAUAAAGCUGAUUGUAGCAUUGUAAAACAAAUUAAAGCUGUUGAGGCAUUUAUAGAAAGACAUCAAGCAUUAUCUUCGUUGUUUACAAUGAAAAAUUUGGAGAUAGGGAUGUCUUUUGACAUUGACAUAUAUGAAUUUUACAAUGAUGAUGAAUUUAUGAAGAAGUGGUCAAUGUUUAAAGAUGAAAUAUAUGAAAAUCCAACAGAUACAUUAAAUUGUAUAAAACUUGCUAUUCAUCAGAAAAUUUUUGAGACAAUACCUGAAGAAAACUUACAGUAUGUUCUGAAAUCCGUUAGUAGUUUGCCAACAAUAAAAUUAAAUAUAUUGAAUUAUCAGCCAAUUACAUGCUUAAGAGAUGUUAAGUUAAACUGUUAUGAAAAAUUGGUAUCUACUAGAGGCUGUGUAACAAGAGUUGGCAGAGUAAAAUAUCUUUCACAGUGGAUGGUAUUUGCGUGUUCCAAAUGUCACUUACAAAAAUUAGUCAAACAUUCAGAGGAAUUAUAUACGUUGCCAAAAAAGUGUGAUGUGUGUGGUGUUUCAAAAUUUUAUCCGGUUUUAGAUUCACCUUGUGUUAAAAGUAUUUUGUUCCAAGUGAUCAGAAUACAAGAGCCAUUAAAUGAUGAACAGGAUAAUAAAGGUAGAGUGCCUAAAGUACUUGAUGUAGAACUUAUGGACCAUUUAGUUAAUAUUUGUAUGCCUGGGGAUGACAUAACACUUACAGGCAUUAUGAAGGUACAAGACGUCGACGAUAGUGUAGCAAAGACACAAGUCGGGACCCCUUUUUCAUUGUAUAUGAAAGCAAUAACGGUUAUCAAUAACAAACAUCGAUAUCAAAAUAAUAGUUCUAUGAAUAAUGAAAUUUCUUUUAAAAAUUAUGUAACGAUACAGGAUAUAUAUAAAGAACCGAAUAUUUUUGCAUUAUUAGUGCAUUCAUUAUGUCCUAAUAUAUAUGGUCAUGAGAUGGUCAAGGCUGGACUGUUAUUGAGUUUAUUUGGAGGCAACGCCAAACGCGUGCAAUUCCGAGAUGACAUACAUAUCCUAUUAGUUGGAGAUCCUGGUCUUGGCAAAUCGCAGAUGCUACAAGCAUGCGCUCGAGUAUGCACUAAAGGUGUAUACAUUUGCGGUAAUGCAAGUACAUCUUCCGGAUUAACAAUAACACUUUCAAAAGAAACGGGAUCAAAUGAUUUUGCUUUAGAACCUGGUGCUUUAGUUUUAGCGGAUCAAGGUUGUUGUUGCAUCGAUGAAUUCGAUAAGAUGUGUUCGCAGCAUCAGGCGUUAUUAGAAUCAAUGGAGCAGCAAAGAGUUACUGUAGCAAAGUCAGGUGUAAUAUGUUCUCUUCCUGCGCGGACGUCAAUCCUUGCAGCGGCUAAUCCUAUUGGAGGGCAAUAUGACAAGAGCAAAACAAUAACCGAGAACCUAAAUAUUAGUCAGCCUAUUCUCUCGCGAUUUGAUUUAAUUUUUCUAUUAUUGGAUAAACCAGACGAGCAUUUUGACAAUUUAUUAUGCAAACAUAUUAUGACUGUCCAUACCAGUUCGCCUGCGGAAUAUAAUGCAGAAGCUAUGGAAUCAUUUUCCAAUGAUGAAUCUUCUUUGAGGAAAAAACUAAUGUUACCAUUGUCUACAAAGAUUAUACUGCAGUCUGUUUUAAGAACGUAUAUUUCCUACGCACGACAAUAUGUUAAGCCAAAGUUAUCAACGAAAGCCACAACAGCAUUACAGAAUUAUUACUUAGAACUUCGAUCAAAAAAUAAACAACUUGGUAGCAUUCCUAUAUUCAACAGACAAUUGGAAGCUAUGAUUCGAUUAACCGAGGCUAGAGCAAAGUUGGAAUUGCGCGUCGAAGCAACUGAAUCAGAUGCAUUGGAUGUAAUAGAUCUAAUGCGAUAUGCAAUGACAAACUUAUUAGACGAUACAACACCAAAAUUAAGUUCCGAUGGUAAAUUGACUAACAAAAAAAUAAAAACCUUUAUAAAGGUACUGGAAAAAAAUACGGAUAAAGAACAAACAUUUUCGGUAAAAGAAUUGAAAACGCUUGCAAUGUCGAAAGGUAUCUUGAUAGAUGAUUUUACUACUCUAAUUUCGAAACUGAAUGAAGCAGGUAUUUUAUUAAAAAUUAAAAAAGAUACAUAUAAACUUAUUUAUAAUAAUACAUAAAAAUAUAAUAUUUUUUAUAAUGUAAUGAAGCAUAUCUGCGUAAUGUCGUAGAUAAAAAUUUUUUAAUUUAAAGAAAAAGAAUGAUGCAAUAAAGAGAUUUAUGGUU